ACUGUCCCAUCUCACUCCAACCACAGUGGAAUUACGAGCCCGACAAAAAUGUCCUGUUGUCGAUAAUUUCUCUUUCAUUCGUGUCAUUGGUGAACCACAAACUUUCUCUCUCUCUCACACACACGCUCCUUUUGAUUCGCACCAACUUACCAUCAGAAAUUUACAUUCACAUCAUCCCAACAAAAAAAAAAAUUAAAUUCUCCACACAUUUUACUUUCUCCGCAACUUUCUCAGCACUCUACACUCCCAUUUCUGCUUCCAUGACUGAACCACACAAACGUAGCAAUCUAAAGCUUCGACUUCAACCUUUUUUCAGUAAAGAGAGAGCUGAGUAGUUCUCAGUAAGAAGCAGCUGGAAAAAAAAUUAAAAAAAAAUUCUCACUCCUUCUAGGGUUUUGUUUUAUUUUGCAUUGAAAUUGAAAUCCCACUACUCAAAAUUCAAAAUCCCAAACCUUCUCUCUAGAAAAAGAAACAGUUUUUUUUUUAAUUAUUAUUAUUAUUAUUAUUCUUUGUGGGAUGGGAAGGGUUUAAAUUUUGAAUUUAGAAUUCGGCAUUGACCUGAGCUGAGAGUGAGUUUGAGAAGAAGGUUCUAGAGUGCAGGGUUUGCAAUGUCGGGCCCACCCAGAGUUCGAUCCAUGAACAUGGCCGUCACCGACGCUGACGCGCGCCCGGUGCUCGUCCCCGCCGGCAACAAGGUUCUCCCUGCCAUCGACCGACGCAAGCCGGUGAUGAAAUCGUCGCCGGAGACGGAGAAGAAACCGGUGGCGCAUUCGCCGCAAUGCGUCUCCGUUACGCCGCCAGCUAUUUCGCGGCGGCAGGAGCACCAUCAGGCCGUGCUGAAAAGCCUGUCGUCGAUGAACGCCUCCUGCUCUUCCGACGCGUCGUCGACGGAUUCCUCCACUCACAGCAGCGGCGCGUCGUCGAGCGGGAAGGUAGCGCGUCGGGUUAGUGUGGCUUUAAGGAAGAAGCAGGUUGGUCCCAAGACGGAGAAGGUGAGUAGUGACAAUGUGGCUGGUUCUGAUGAUGCUGAUUUGAGUGAUAGCUUGGAGGGCAAGAAAAGGUGUGCUUGGGUUACACCAAAUACAGAGCCAUGUUAUAUUGUUUUUCAUGACAAAGAAUGGGGAGUUCCUGUUCACAAUGACAGGAAACUGUUUGAGUUGCUCAGCUUCUCUGGAGCCUUGGCUGAACUCACAUGGCCUACUAUUCUUAGCAAAAGGCAGUUGUUUCGGGAAGUCUUUUUGGAUUUUGAUCCAAGUGCUGUUUCUAGAAUGAAUGAGAAAAAGAUAGCUGCACCUGGAAGUCCUGCCAACUCAUUGCUAUCAGAACUCAGGUUGCGAUCCAUAAUUGAAAAUGGACGUCAGAUGUGUAAGGUAAUUGAAGAGUUUGGGUCCUUUGACACAUUUAUUUGGAACUUUGUGAACCAUAAGACUAUAGUCAGCCAGUUCAGGUACCCACGUCAGGUCCCUGUCAAAUCUCCAAAGGCAGAAUUCAUAAGUAAAGACCUUGUGAGGAGAGGAUUCAGGAGUGUUGGGCCGACUGUCAUCUAUACUUUCAUGCAAGUGGCUGGCCUAACAAAUGACCAUAUUAUCAGUUGCUUCAGAUUCAAGGAGUGUACCUCCAAUGCAGAAGCAAUGGGCAAAGAGAGUUCCCUCAACUCCAAGGUCAAAGAGAAAGCAAACGAGGAACCAACCGAGGUGGACCUGUUGCUGGCUGCAAACAAAUUGAGCUUCAUCUCUAAGUAGCACUGUGAUGGUUUUGGUUAAAAUGAUCAUAUGGCUAAAAUCAGGUAGUUUUAACGGGAGAUGAGUAGAUUGUGGAGUGUACAAAAUCGAUACAGAUGUGAAUGAAAUAGCCUGAAGGCAGUUGUAAUUGAAAAGCAAAAUGACCUUGGCAAUUCUUUCAAGUUCUCGUGUAUUAAAAAAGAUAUACUAAUUAGCCAUAGUUGCAACUGGCAAUUCGCCUACCUUUUCCUUUAUUUUGUUUUGUGGUCAUGAACAGUAGUACCCUUUAGGUCUUUACCCUAUGAUUGGGACCAGAUCAUGCCCCUUGAGGUUUUUUAUUCACUUUGGCACUUUGCUUUCUAAGUCUUCGCCGUCUUACCGUCAACUAUGUCCGCCAAUGCCUACUUGGUCAGUGGUCAUCAAGAUACAGUGCUGGACUUUUUUGAACUAAUGUUUGAACACUUCAGGAUUGUGGUACCUAUUACUCUCUACCCGCUACCUAAUUUCAUGAAAUCAAAGUUAAAAUAUUGUCGUGGGAAGUUCAAGACAUUUAGCCUAGGCCAAGUGGAUUUGUUGACAAUGAGGAGCAAAAAAUGAAUUGUUGAAAUGCUACUAGGCUAUGAGUAGCCGCCAAUAGUAAAUUGUCUUGUUCGAAA